AGGCGCUCCGCGGCAGCGCCACCUUCCUACCCUGCCUUCCGCAGCCCCGUGACUGCUGUGCUGUUUCCGCUGCAUUUCAGCUGAGCUGCCGCAGGCGGCCAUCGCCGCCGUCUGGGCGCUGGAAGCCAUCUCGCCUCUUCAUCCUGCCCUGAACCUUUCCUUGGCGCUGUAGCCAGCUGAGGGCGUUCGGCGCGGGUGGCAGCAGUAGGACCCCAGGAAAUUUUAAUUUUGCUUAGGAGCUGUGACUAAUGAGAAUUAAAGGCCAUGGAUGAAGAUGGACUUGAAUUACCACCACAAGGGCCAAAUUCAUUUUUUGAUGCAACAGGAGCUGAUGCUUCACACAUGGAUGCUGAUCAAAUUGUCGUGGAAGUACAAGAAACUGUUUUUGUGUCAGAUGUUGUGGAUUCGGACAUAACUGUGCAUAACUUUGUUCCUGAUGACCCAGACUCUGUUGUAAUCCAAGAUGUUAUUGAGGAUGUUGUUAUAGAAGAUGUGCAGUGCCCAGAUAUCAUGGGAGAAGCAGAUGUAUCUGAAACGGUCAUCAUUCCUGAGCAAGUGCUGGACUCAGAUGUAACUGAAGAAGUUUCUUUAGCACAUUGCACAGUUCCAGAUGAUGUCUUAGCCUCUGACAUUACUUCAGCUUCCAUGUCUAUGCCAGAACAUGUCUUGACCAGUGAGUCUAUACAUGUGUCUGAUGUUGGACAUGUUGAACAUGUGGUUCAUGAUAGUGUCGUAGAGGCAGAAAUUGUCACUGAUCCUCUGACUACUGACGUAGUUUCAGAAGAAGUAUUGGUAGCAGACUGUGCCUCUGAAGCAGUCAUAGAUGCCAACGGGAUCCCCGUGGACCAGCAAGAUGACGACAAAAGCAACUGUGAGGACUACCUUAUGAUCUCCUUGGAUGAUGCUGGCAAAAUAGAACAUGAUGGUUCAUCUGGAAUAACCAUGGAUGCAGAGUCGGAAAUCAAUUCUUGUAAAGUGGAUGGCAGUUGUCCUGAAGUCAUCAAGGUGUACAUUUUUAAAGCUGACCCCGGAGAGGAUGACUUAGGUGGAACUGUAGACAUUGUGGAGAGUGAACCUGAGAAUGAUCAUGCAGUUGAGCUACUUGAUCAGAACAACAGUAUUCGUGUUCCUAGAGAAAAGAUGGUUUAUAUGACCGUCAAUGACUCACAGCAAGAAGAUGAAGAUUUAAAUGUUGCUGAAAUCGCCGAUGAAGUCUACAUGGAAGUAAUUGUAGGAGAGGAGGAUGCUGCAGCGGCAGCGGCAGCGGCAGCUGCGCAUGAACAGCAGAUGGAUGACAGUGAAAUCAAAACCUUCAUGCCGAUCGCUUGGGCAGCAGCUUAUGGUAAUAAUUCUGAUGGAAUUGAAAAUCGGAAUGGCACUGCAAGUGCCCUCUUGCACAUAGAUGAGUCUGCUGGCCUUGGCAGACUGGCUAAACAAAAACCAAAGAAAAGGAGAAGACCUGAUUCGAGGCAGUACCAAACAGCCAUAAUUAUUGGCCCUGAUGGACAUCCUUUGACUGUCUACCCUUGUAUGAUCUGUGGGAAGAAGUUUAAGUCAAGAGGUUUCUUGAAAAGGCACAUGAAAAACCAUCCUGAACACCUUGCCAAGAAGAAAUACCGCUGUACUGACUGUGACUACACUACCAACAAGAAGAUAAGUUUACACAAUCAUCUGGAGAGCCACAAGCUCACCAGCAAGGCAGAGAAGGCCAUUGAAUGUGAUGAGUGUGGGAAACAUUUCUCUCACGCUGGGGCUUUGUUUACUCACAAAAUGGUGCAUAAGGAAAAAGGAGCCAACAAAAUGCACAAGUGUAAGUUUUGUGAAUAUGAGACAGCUGAGCAAGGGUUAUUGAAUCGCCACCUUUUGGCUGUCCACAGCAAGAACUUUCCUCAUAUUUGUGUCGAGUGUGGUAAAGGUUUUCGCCACCCAUCAGAGCUCAAAAAGCACAUGCGAAUCCAUACUGGGGAAAAGCCGUACCAAUGCCAGUACUGCGAAUAUCGAUCUGCAGACUCUUCUAACUUGAAAACACAUGUAAAAACUAAGCAUAGUAAAGAGAUGCCAUUCAAGUGUGACAUUUGUCUUCUGACUUUCUCAGAUACCAAAGAGGUGCAGCAACAUGCUCUUAUCCACCAAGAAAGCAAAACACACCAGUGUUUGCAUUGUGACCACAAGAGUUCGAACUCAAGUGAUUUAAAGCGUCAUAUAAUUUCAGUUCACACGAAGGACUACCCCCAUAAGUGUGACAUGUGUGAUAAAGGCUUUCAUAGGCCUUCAGAACUCAAGAAACACGUGGCUGCCCACAAGGGUAAAAAAAUGCACCAGUGUAGACAUUGUGACUUUAAGAUUGCAGAUCCGUUUGUGCUAAGUCGCCAUAUUCUCUCAGUUCAUACAAAGGACCUUCCAUUUAGGUGUAAGAGAUGCAGAAAGGGGUUUAGGCAGCAGAAUGAGCUUAAAAAGCAUAUGAAGACACACAGUGGCCGGAAAGUCUAUCAGUGUGAGUACUGUGAGUAUAGCACUACAGAUGCCUCAGGCUUUAAGCGACACGUUAUUUCCAUUCAUACAAAAGACUAUCCUCAUCGGUGUGAGUACUGCAAGAAAGGGUUCCGAAGACCUUCAGAAAAGAACCAGCACAUAAUGCGGCAUCAUAAAGAAGUUGGCCUGCCCUAACAAUACUUCUACAGACAAUUGUAGAGAUACUGGCCUUGAAGCAGGAAAUUCAUUUUAAAGCCAAUCAGUCUAGUUCACCUACAAUACUGUAUAUUGAUUUAUGCUGUGUACAAA